UUCGAUCAAAGCCAGAGAGCUCUUAUCUUUUACUUAUCGCCUUCUCCACACCGGCUCUCUUGCUGAGCAUCCCAGACACAAUGGCAGCUCUCUUCCGUUCCAGCCUCCGGCUGCGCUCUGCCGCACGCCUUCCUGCUGCCCGCACCAUCACCACCACUCCGCACAUGAGAGCUUCUGAGAAGCCUUACUUCCCCGAUGAGCCUACAGCUCCCAAGCUGGCUACCGCUAUCCCGGGUCCUAACAACAAGGCCGCUACCGCUGAGCUGGACAAGGUCUUUGAUGUUCGCAGCAUUAAUAUGCUUACCGAUUUCUCCAAAUCCAUCGGAAACUACAUCUCUGAUCUCGAUGGAAACACCCUUCUCGAUGUUUACGCUCAGAUUGCUUCUAUCCCUGUUGGAUACAACAACCCCCACCUCAAGCAGGUUGCAUCCUCCCCCCAGAUGAUCACCUCGUUGAUCAACAGACCGGCCCUGGGUAACUUUCCCUCGGCUGACUGGGCCGACAUUCUGAACACUGGUGUCCUCAAGGUUGCUCCCAAGGGCUUGAACCAGGUCUUCACUGCCAUGGCUGGCUCCGACGCCAACGAGACCGCCUACAAGGCUGCUUUCAUGUACCACCGUCAGCAGGAGCGUGGAGGCGCAGAUGUUGAGUUCUCCGAGGAGGAGCUGCUCAGUACCAUGAAGAACCAGUCUCCUGGCUCUCCUCAGCUGUCCAUCCUGUCCUUCAAGUCCGCUUUCCACGGCCGUCUCUUUGGCAGUCUGUCCACCACCCGCAGCAAGGCCAUCCACAAGCUUGAUAUCCCCGCCUUCGACUGGCCCCAGGCCACCUUCCCCUCCUUGAAGUAUCCUCUUGAGGAGCACGCUCAGGAGAACGCCCUGGAGGAGCAGCGCUGUUUGCAGGAGGUUGAGCAACUCAUCAAGGAAUUCCACAACCCCGUUGCCGCCGUCAUGGUCGAGCCUAUCCAGUCCGAGGGUGGUGACAACCACGCCUCGCCCGCCUUCUUCCAGGGUCUCCGUGACAUCACCAAGCGUAACAACGUCCUCUUCAUCGUCGACGAGGUGCAGACUGGUGUCGGUGCUACCGGAAAGUUCUGGGCCCACGACCACUGGAACCUCGACACCCCACCCGACAUGGUCACCUUCUCCAAGAAGGCCCAGACUGCCGGUUACUACUAUGGUAACCCCGCUCUGCGCCCUAACAAGCCCUACCGCCAGUUCAACACCUGGAUGGGUGACCCGUCUCGCGCUCUGAUCUUCCGUGGUAUCAUCGAGGAGAUUGAGCGCCUCAACUUGGUUGAGAACACCGCCUCUACCGGUGCCUACCUCUACUCUGGCCUUGAGCGUCUGGCAGAGCGCUACCCCGAGCACUUCCAGAACUUGCGUGGUAAGGGCCAGGGUACUUUCAUCGCUUGGGACACCCCCAAGCGGGAUGAGUUCGUCGGUAAGGCCAAGAGUGUUGGUGUCAACAUUGGUGGCAGUGGACAGAGUGCUGUCCGCCUGAGGCCUAUGCUGGUCUUCCAGAAGCACCACGCCGACAUCCUUCUCGAGAGCAUUGAGAAGAUCAUCAACAAGCUGUAAAGCUUUCUUCUUUAUCUAUGUUAUGAAAAGGUUCACCUUGAGGGUGAUUUCGGGCGUUUAUCUUUGAUUUUUAGCGAACUUUGUUAUAUUUUUUCUAUUAUUUAUCAUGAUUCAUAAAUCUGCCUCGGUGGCAUGUUUUGAUAUGAGUUUUGUCCUCAAGUCAUUAAUAUCAAUAUGAUGGUAUUCAGAAGUUGACAUUCAAUUUCUUUCUUGUAAAAGUAUUUACCUGUUUGGGUAUCAAUUCAUCGACCAUGGUGGAAAUGAUCACUUAUCCAAAGCAAAGGGCAGUGCACCAAUGUAGAAAUGUAGUUGUUGCAUCGAUAUCAGC